AACAUAACCACUUUGGCGGUAAGCUUAUCUUUUUUUGUAUGAACAUGGUCUCUAGAGUUUAAAAAAUCGACACUUCUAGAAAAUCAUGUUGAAAUUCAAUGUGUCGUAAAUUUGUACUUAAUGAAAGAAGAAGCUACACGGUUUGCAAUGUCAGAAACAACCUUGUACAGAAUUACCCUCCACAGGACUUUUACUUUAUUAAAGGAAGGAGUUUGGAAUGACAGUGAUCCGAAUCCAUUCAAGUUCCUUCCAUCUUGUGUCGUCGGGGAUUUAUUGAUCACCGGGUUGAGUCAUUACUACACCAACAUCGAUGAUAUCAAGUUGCUUCUCACCAGUGGAAAAGUUGAACGCCUCGACCUUUCUUUCUUUGAUUUGGCGAACGAUCGGGAUUUAUUUAUGACAUUACUGUCUGAAAAUAACUGCACUAAUUUAAAGCACCUUGUUCUACAUUCCUUUCUCAAGCGGGAGCAUUUUCCAUUGGUGAAAGCUGUUCUUCGUAAUACUCCUAAAUUACGGCAUUUUCAUUCGGCAGUAUUUUUUGGCCUCGACAUUUUCAACCAUUGUGAGAAACUGCUGACUUUGAAAUUUGAUCUUCCAAUCGAACAAAUUUCAAAUUACUUUCUUCACAAAAAUAUGGAUUUCUCUAAAUCAUUGAAAAAUCUGAAAGUCUUUUCCCUCGGUCGUACAGGCGAUUGCUUUUCAGUAUGCAGAAUUAUUGAAACAGUUUUGUUAAAUUGUCCGGAAUUAGUUUCUGUAGGAAUGGUGGAUUCAUCGCUAGCCAUAGCGGGCAUUCAGAAAAAAAGAAAAGAACCUUUGCGCUUCCAACUGCGCAGAUGCUUCUGGGGAGUAGCCUAUAUGAGACGUUUUCGUGAAAGAACCGUUCUAAAGCUUUUUAAUUACCGAUCCGAAUUCUCAGCAAUCAUUAAAACUGCUGUUUCCUCUUGUCCACUUGUUGAAGAAUUAAUAAUUGAUGUACACGACGAAAACUGCUUACAAUACUUAUCUCAAUUACCAAUGUUGACUUUCCUAGUUAUAAACUUUAAACAUUAUUACUGUAGCAAACUUCGGGAUCCAUUAAUUUCCCUUUUCAGCCAAAUCGGACCACAAAUCAAACACUUGUCAAUUCAGAAAGUAAAGAAUAUACCAAUAAAUGAUAUUUGCGAGUAUUGCCCCAACUUACUAUCCCUUCAAAUUAUUGGAACAAUUACUGUUUCUGAACCUUCAGCAAUUAGUUCCAAUCUUCGAAAUUUAAAACGUUUGUAUGUUUCGACUGCUGAUCAGGUAUCUUUUCGAUUUCUUCUUUCAAACUGCUUGCAUUUAGAAGAAUUGUUUCUUGGCACGGCGUUGACUGUAGACGAUGAGCUUUUGAAGUAUGUUUUAACAAAGAAUUCUCUGUCUGAACUUAAGACUAUUGGAAUCUCUAGAAGCAAACUUAACAAGUGGAGUUUAAGAAGGCUUCUGAAGAGUGCUGUUUCUCUCAGUAAAAUUGGUGUGAGCGACUUUUAUUAUUUAGUUGAAGAAUUGAAAAUUGAAAUGAAUUGUACUCAGUUAAAUUGCAUGUAUAUUGAUGCUAUAAAAAGAUACGAUUUUUUUUCCUGCAGACUUGAUCCAUAUGAUUUUUAGAAUUGUCUUUUCA